CAUUUCCUUCAAUGUAUGUUUAUUUGAAAGGUACAGUUAGAGCAGCUGAAACAGGCUGUAUCCUGCCAUCAGUGCACUUCUCGGUAUAGAUCAGAGUCAAAUGAAAUAUUAGGUUACCUGAUAGAGAGAAACAGUAAAAGACAGCGUGAAAGCCAGUAAGCUGGGGGAGAGAAACUUGGAAACACAAGAAGAGUGAGACACAAGAGGACUGCUCCAGAAAUAGGACAAAGAAAGAGAUGCUGGUGGAAAAGAGAAUAGUGGGUAAAAUAUGCAGGGUUCUUGCUAUAUCCGUGGUUGAGAUGGGAUGAGGUUUGAGGCUUGCACUGUGCAGCAGUUGAAGUUGUUUAUGUCUGGUGUAGAGAUUGAAUUACAUGCCUACAGCUGUAAUAUAUCAAGAGAUAUCAUCUAUGUUUCCUCAUACUGUAUGUGGAAUAUAAGAUGUAAAAAGUCAUGACUAUUAUCCCGGUCAAGUUUUUACACACACAAUAAAAAAAAAAAAAUGUUUUAAAUAUAUAAACAAAAUUUAUUUCAUUUUUUUAUGGAGAAUUUUAUGUUUAUUUUAGGAGAAUUACAAUAUGUCGACAGCUAAGCACGUUCUCUCCAAACUGUCAGUACAUCAGUGAAAUAAAAAAAAGCAAUUUAAUUCAUAUAACAUAGUAAUAAUAAAAUAAAAAAUAAAAAAACAUUAAAAAUGUAACAGUCGCAUUUUGUCUUUAGGCUAAGCCUACUGAGGGCAUGCAAAUAAGCUUCAUUUUCCAGUAUUUCUUUGGACAAUUCUUAACAGCUUUUAUAAAAAUCACCCAACUAUGGUUUAGGAAACCUUGUCAUUGGGAUUCAGUGGAUAAAGGCAAAGGGGAAAAAAAGCAGGAAUUCAUUCAAACAGAGGUAUGAACUGCCUAAAGGGAGAUCUAUAAAGCAUAAAAAGUGGGUAACAAUACAGUAUAUAUUCAAAUAUGUGAAUCCUGAUAGUUAAACUGCAUCCAUUAAACAAGUGUGAGUGCUUUAAUGUGUGUUUGUGUGUGUGUGAGUGGCUGAAGCAAGCACGUAUCCCUCCUUCCUCACAUUCCAAGUGGCUGGAGUGAGCUGUGACUGAUCAUCUCUGAGAGCGGUGCGGUCUGAACAACAGAGGCGAGGCGAUGAGGGAGGGUCUUACACACACACACACACACACAGCAGAGACCGGGACAUCUCUGUCCCUGCUGCAGCAGCUGGAGUGCUGAACGGGAACAGGAGUAUACAGGCAUUGGGAGGAGGAAGAGAGAGAGCGGUGAAGCAAGGGUCCAUAUGUGACAGUCCGGUGGAUUUGAGGAGUCUAGAGCCUUUGGGCCCUGAGAUCAAUGCAAUGGGGAACUCUAACAGCAAGAAGAAAACCCAGGCUAACAUUACCAGCAGUCACCGCACUAACAAAGUAAAGUCCAUCUGGCACUUUAGACAUGUGGAUAAAUAUAAAACAGCAGGCCAAAAGCAGAAUGAGCAAGGAAAGCUGACUGUACACUACACAGCCUCCCAGCACUACCAGGAGAAUGUGUUCAUAGAGGGAAGCAGGCCACAGUACCUGGAAGACCUGCAUUCUGAGGCCCAGGAGGGACUGAAGAUACUACAGCAGGAGGAGAACAAAAAUGGAGUGGACUUUCAGGAUGAUCAGACUGUGUCAGAGGAAAAUACAAGCUCAAAAGAAAGAGAUGAAUCACUUGAGACUGAUAGUACUGCGGGACACUCCGUCAUUUCAGUGUCAACUGUCUCAGCAGUCUCUUUACGUCCAGUACUUACAUGUCAAGGCUCCACAUUUAAGCCCUUGGACCCAGUUAAACGACUGGACAAGACCAAGAGGGGAAGUAGAAGAACAACUAUAAUGGGAAUACCACAACAAGUCCAAAGAGAACUGGAAAUGACAAGAGGAACUACACUCCAGCAACGUCCAAGUGGAGAACAUGAUGGUGAAGUUGAUUCCUGUGGCAGAGUUGCCCUCCCAACAAUUGAUGGAGAGCGCCCCUCAGUAAAUCACAAAGGAGCUCGUGUACACCUGCAGAAAAUUGAAGUUUUUCAUACAUCAAGAGAUGAGGAGUUUCUAAUAAACCACAUCCAUUCUGUCUACCAAGAGGAGUUAAACCGAAAGCUUGGGAUAGGAGCGUGCCCUACAACGAGACCAAGGUCUCUUGCUGUGCCAGGGAUGACCACUUACUCUUUCCUGCAUGAGCCUCAAGGUCCCGUUAUGUCCAUUUCACCACAGGCAACUUAUUUAUCUAAGAUUAUUCCGAACGCAGUUCUGCCUGUUGCAAUAGACAUAAUUGAAAUUAAUCAUGAUCACAGCCAGUGCAGUACGAAUACAGUUAGCAAGAGUAGUUUAGCAUCAGCUAGUCCAGCUUCUUUACGAUCUGGAGGUGGCACAAAUCAAGAUCCAACUACCCCUAGCCCAAGCAGGAGCCAUUCACAAUCAUCUGAGACUAUUGUCUCGAACUCCUCCACAAUCUCUUCAAAAGCAAAGUGUCUACCAACAUUUGAUGCCGACAUCACCAAAGAAAUUUCAGAUUUAAUCCCAAAAGACAUAAAUGUUACAAGCUCAAGUAGUUGUAAAAGCUUUAACAGUAACAGUACAAAUCACAGACUGGACCACAGUGAGAUCGGUGAAGCAGGGGUAAAUGUCAGAAACAGCCAUUCAUUCUACCGUAAUCUCUCUGUAAUGAAGACAAAAUUACCCCCAGCACCACCUCAGAGAACCUAUUCCUUGCACCAUGAAAAACUUAAGUGGAGAUCAAGGGAACUGGUAGACAUAAAAGAUCUCAAACAUAUGUCCCCAAAUGAUGGGCAAACUGGUAGAGAUCUUAGCAGUGCAAAAGACCAUCAGUCAAUCAGUAAUGAGAAGAGUUCUGCCCAUUCUUCAGUGCUCAACUCAUCAAGAGACUUCCAGUCAGGUAACUCAUCCCCACAGAAAACUGGAGAAGAAUCUGGUGAAAACAAAUUAGAUAGGACUUUGUCUCCCUCGAGUGGAUACUCAAGCCAAAGUGGGACACCUACGCAUUCCCCUAAAGAGGUCAGUCCCUCCUCACCAGGAAAGAGAAGAGUAAAGACUUCACAGCCUGAGAGAACAAGUGUACAGACCUCGCCGGUGGUUUCAGUCUCUUCAUCAAUGACAUCUCUAUCUUCAGUCACAUCAGACACGGCACAUCAUGACAUUCAAACCAACACCACCCCAUCAGAGCCAUUAAAGUGCUCCCCACCUGUUACAACAGUGAAAAACAAGGUGACACCAACACACCCAACUAUUGCCCUUAGGGAACUGUUCAAUGUUCCCCCUCCACCCAAGGUAAAAGCCCCAUCUCCCCCACCCCCUGAAACCUGGAUUCACAAUAAACGAACACUUGAACUAUUAUGUGGCCCAGAUCCAAACCACCAUAGGUUACAUCAGCUUCAAAAACAGCAAAAAGGGUCAUUAACAGGUAAAAAACAAAACACAAAUUCAAUACACAUCACUGAACAAAUUAUACCAAAGAUACAGACAACAGGAAAAGUACAGUCAGGGACUCAACUGGAGAACAAAGAAGCUGUAAAAGAACGAAAUGAGUCCAUGUCACCACAAGUGUCUGAACAAAUGCUAGUAGACCCGCCAGAUUGGAGGCAAAACAAAAGCUCAACAUUACACAAUGAAUUAAAUGAACUAGAAAGUACAAAAUUCCUCAAGGAGGUCAACCAGAACAUUCAUACACAAGAUCAGAGAACUGUAGAGGAUCAAAAGGAAAAAGGAAGCCAAAAACUCCUUACAAAGAAGGUACCAACUAUCAAAGUUGAUCAAAGUAUGCUGGCACAAACAAACUGUGAAGUCAAACCAGAUUCUGAAAUCGUGAACACAGCAUGCACCCUAAAGAAUGAUCAAACCAGUGAGGAGAACAAAGGAAACUGCAUUAAGGACAUUCUCAAUCACAAAAAAUUGCAAACUCUCGGUAUAGAAGUACCUGAGGCCAAUGGCAUUUCUCCUCCUCCUUCUCCACCUCCAGAACACCACCCUCCACCACCACCAACUAAAAAGAUGUCAGGCUCCUCAGUAUCUAUACCACCAUCUGAUGAAGAUGAACAGAAACAAGAAACAGAGGAACAGGUGACUCUCCUGGAGUCUACUUGGCCUCCACCACCUCCACCAGAGGAAGAGUCAACUGACUUGAUAUUUGAGGAACAAGAUGAACUUAACUUUCCACCACCACCUCCCUCGUUUAUCCACGAGCCCCUUUCAGAGAUAUCUAUCAAUUGCCAUGACGAAUCAUGUGAACAGCCUGACAAUAUAGAACUGAGGUCAUCGAAUGCCUCAGAUAUGGCCAGCAGUUCAGACCAAGAUUCCGAAAUACAUGCCAUUCUGCCAACAGGAACUGUACAAAAUGAUAUGGAGGACAGGCAUCAAGAUAAGCCUUGUAACAACGUGUCACACUUCUCUGUGGACGAAGAUGGCAUGGAAAACACAACUGUAGCCCCUCCGAGAAUGUCCUCUCUUUUACCAGAUGAACUUGUACAAGGGGAGGAAAUGGCAUCACAUGAUUCAUCAGAGCAAACAUCACUUGACACCGAAGCAGAUUACACUAACGUGCCGCUUGCAACUCCUCUUCCAGUGGAAGACCAAUCCACUGUUAACUUCCGAAGACACCAGUGCCUCAUAAACAAAGACAACCGGAGCAAAGAACUGCUGUGUCAUCAAAAAAGCACACCCAUUCCAAAGGAGGAUGCCAACAUUCCCCUCGUCACACCUUCCUUACUUCAGAUGGUGCGACUAAGAUCUGUAAUUGUAGAUGAAGAUCAAGCUAAAAAUGAUAGCAAACCAAGUGUUGAGUCCACAACAACUGAGGAUCACAGUAUUACUAGUCAAGCAACUCCACAAAAGCCUAUUCGCAAAUCCUUGACCUUGAAGUCUAACUCACCUUCUAAGUCAACUCCUGCUACAACCACAGUCCAAUCCAUGCGUCUUCAAGAGGCCAUACGUAUGAAGACCGCUGCAAUGUCCUCUAGUGGAGUACCUGCAGUGCUUAACACACGCUUAACCUCAACUAGUGAUACUGGUCCACCUGUGCCAUCCCCUAAAUCACCAGAUGGCUGUGACUUGCAUAUGUCCCCUGCAUCUACAGCCAGCUUUAUCUUCUCCAAAAGCACAAAGAAAGUUGUCAUUGAAACACCCACUUCUCCAGAGGUCCAAGCAAUCCUCAAACAAAGUCUUGCAGCUGAGAUAAUACAGAUUUCCAACCAAGCCAAGACAAAUGGGACAAAAAAGCCAAUUAAGGUGCCGCCACCUGUUGCUAAGAAACCAGUGCAUGGAACAAAUACUCCCAACAGGACAGAUAAUGUAACACUGGACAAGACUGGGAUCUUGACAAAUAAACAAAUGAUGAAAGUCGAAGUUAAUGGGCAAAAUGAUCAAGUGCAUCCUGCUGGUCAGUAAGCACACUCAUCAGGAAACCAGAAGCAAGCAAGAAGUACAGAGACUGCAUGUUGAAGAGUCAGGACACAUGAGUUGAGUUUUGAUUGGACUGUUUAGUCACCGUAUGGCAAAUACAAGAGGACAAAGCAAGUGAUGAAAGCCCAAGAUGGAUCCUGUUCAAGGAUCCAUGGAUACUUAAAAAUACCAUGGAUACUUAAAAGCCUUAGCCUAGAGAAAUGGCCUUCAAAUGUAUGCAAAAAAGCUUUUUCCCAAUCUGUUUUAUACAAUAGCUUUAUUACAGCUUUCAAGUAUUUUUCUACACAAGUUUGUCUGCUCUGGGAAAAGUCACUUUUACGUUAUUGUUGACUUAUAAAAGGUAACGACUGCAAGAUUGAACUGACAUCUAGUGGUCACUAGUGGUAGUAAUCACUGCUUGGCGUAAAAACCUGUUAUAAUUUUAUUGACAUAUCCACAUAUGUCCAAGCACAUAGACUGAUUACUAGCUUUUAAUGAAAGAAGUUGAUUCUACUAACAGUUUUGAAAGUUUUAGUGCUACUGCAGUCAACUUUCAGAAUUUGCUUUCAGAAAAUAUGUAUACAUGUACAGAACCAUCUGUAACUUUAUGAAUGUUGCAGUAUGCUGACCAUAGCUGAAACAUAUACACACAAAACAUUUACAUAUUUACCUUUCUUUAGAUAAAAAAGCACUUUGUAAGCUAAAUGCUGCAUUUAUUUUUAAACCAGCAAAUAGGAAAAAGUAUUACUGCUGUUUCUUCUAAAAUUGAUGUAAAAGUAUGCAUACACAAAUUCUUUAAAAUCGAUUUACUUCAAGGUGGGAGUAAAGAGAAUUACUACACUGUUUAAAAAUAAAUAAAUAUGCAUUAAAUAUA